AUGGACUACUCACACACGUCUCCUCACAUGUCGCCGUCGGCUGCCUCGUCGGCUGCUGUUGAGCCCAAGACGGUUCGGUUUCAGCUGAUCUCGCCGGACUCACCGCACACCACGGCUCGCCUGCCCAUGCGGGUGCAAAUCUACCCCCAUGAUGCCACAGACUCGAUUGUCACUACUGUCAAGAACUUUUAUGGCCUGUACUCAAGCCCAACAAGCUCUAAGGGCGUCAGUUUUGAGGACGAGGCUGGCAAUACCAUGAUUGCCCGCUACGAGAACUUCCGCAACAACAUGGUUGUCUACGUGCGCGUCAUUGAAGAGCCAGCGCUGUCGCCCAGCGGCUAUGCCUCACGUAACUACCAAUCGCCCCCGGCGGCUGCCCAUGGCGCCAACCCGUCUGACCUGUCCUAUCCAAAUGGCGCGGAUGGCGGCCAUCCGCCGGCCAAUGGGUACUACCCUGGCCAUAGCGCUUCGUCGCUGCAGCAUUUCCACCACCUACAAGAGCAGCACGGCGAAUACAUCUCGCGCCCGGGCUCUCGCACGUCGCGCAAGCGCAGUGUGUCGCCGAACGGCAACCGCGGCCGUCGCAGUGACUCGGCUAGCACCAACUCCAAGAACCGCUCGCGCUCGUCCAAGAACCGCCAGCAGUCGGAUGCCUAUGGCCCCGACAGCAUGGCUGGUUACAGCAGCGGCGAUGGCGCUCCUGGCUCUAACAAUGGCAGAGCAAAGGAGCAGCAGCCCAUUGGAAACACCGACAUCAGCCUUGAAAACAUUGUCGAGGGCGGCCGUCGCAAGCGGGCCAAGUUCGAGAGCUCAAACCCCUUCAGCGGUGCUGGCGCCCUGCACUCGCCACAGCACUAUAACACACACUUUGGCCAAGGCGGCGUUUACGCCACACCGGGCUCUGACGUGCGCCGCACACGUGCUAGCAUUGGCUACCCCCACAACGGUGCUAAUGGCGGCAGCGUGGGUGUUCUUCCCACCCCCGAUCCAACUGUCAGCUCCAUGUCGGAGGAGGACAAGGACGUUGCCAUGCAGCUGAUGCGCCUCGGCGAGAUCUCAAACAUCUCCUACGGUCGCACGUCCACGUCCACCCAAGAUGAUACUUUCAGCGGCCGCGCUGAUGCCGCGUCGUCGACCGGUGCGACAAGUGACUCGGAGAGCGAGAGCGACGGUGAGAACAGCGAGGACUAUGACGAUGGCGAGGAGGAGGUCGCCCCGCCUCACCGCAAGCAGAGGCUGGAUCUGGAUGGGGCCAGCCGCAAGAUCUACCAGUCCGUGGAGCCCGCUGAUGACGACAGCGCCGAUACCGAUUACAAGGAUAGUAUGCAGAUGCCUGGCCUCAUGGCCGCGCCCAGGCUGAAGAAGGUGACUAAGGCAAACGCUGCCAACGGUGGCGGCCCCAAGCAGGCCCGUCCACAGGCUACGGCCACUUCCAAGAAGCCCAAGGCCAGCAAGGCCAAGGCGGCCAGCAACACCGUGCAGGUCCCUGGCGCAAACAGCGCGAAGCCCCCCACCACCAAUGGUGCCGCCAAGAGCAAGAAGGCCAACGGUGCCGCCACUGCCAUCAGUGUGCCCAUGUCUCCGGCCUCGCUGCCGCCGUCGCGCAAGCUCUCCGUCUCCUCCACCGGUGGUCUGCCUCCCGCUCCUGCCGGGCCCGGUGCCAUUGCUGGCCCUGGAGGCGUCGUUGACGAGGACGUUGCAGAUCUCUCGAGCAAGCCACGCUGCCAGCGCUGCCGCAAGAGCAAGAAGGGCUGCGAUCGCCAGCGCCCCUGUGGCCGUUGCCGGGAUGCCGGUAUUCCCGCCGAGCUGUGCAUCAGCGAAGACGAGGGCAAUGGACGUAAGGGCCGCUAUGGCCGGCACAUGGGCGUUCCCGUGAAGAACACGGCAGGCGGCGCCUCCUCUACGUCUAUGCAGCCGCCGCCGCCGCCGCCACCCCAGCAGCUGCUGCAGCUACCCCAGCAGGUGCCUGUCCCCCACACGCAACACCACCAGUCGCCACACAACUAUGUGCCGACGGCCAUCCCAUCGCCGUCUCACCAGGCUCCGCAUAUCCAGGCACCCAUUCAGCAGAACACGCUGGCGCCACAGCUCCCACAGCUGCAGCAGAUCCUGCCGCCUCAGUUGCCCUCACAGUCUCAGCCGGGCCAGCAAGUCAAGACGCUGCCCGCCCUUCUCCCGCCGGCUCACAUCUCCUCCACGCCUAUCAUAGCCCCCACGAUUCCGGCUCUGAUCGCAGCCAGCUCUGAAAAAAACAAGAAGCGCAAGCGGUAA